GAAUGUGUCCAAUUAUUGUGUCUCACUGUAAAAAGGUGCAAAAUGGUUGCGAAAAAAAUAAAAUUUUCCAAAGAUUACGUUAAGUUAGGAUUUACUUUCAUAGAAAAAUACGAGUUACAAUUGCCUGAGUAUGUGAUAUGUACGAAAGUUUUAAGUAAUGAUAGUAUGAGGCCCAAUUGCCUUGAAAGGCUUUUGAAGCAACAACAUCCUACUCUGGUUUUCAAGACGAAAUAGUUUUUUUCUUCUAAAGCAGAAUCACUCAAGCGGAUGAGACUGGAUAAAUCGGGAAGUUAUCACACAGCUGUAUCGAAGCAUCUCAAAGCUUCAUUGUGAUAGCAAAGCAGAAACCUCAUAGUAUCGGUCAAGAGUUAAUAAAACCAUGUAUCCUAAAAGCCACGUAGAUAAUUUUAGGAGAAGAUGCAGAGCAAAAAAUGAAGCAUAUUUCUAUCUCGGAUAACACA